AUGCUGGAUACGCGAGCCCUGAUAACACAUCGGCAAUACGUGUGCUUCUGCAACUACACCGUCUUCUCGUCGCUGCUCAUCGCCGUCACUAUCGUGGCCAUGGGCGUACUCAGUUACCUGAUCGUGCCGAAACGACCCAAGCCCAUCUACCUCGUCGUGAACUUCACCGACGAAGAGUUCGAGAACGCGUCGGCCUCGUCUUCACCGUCGAAAAGAGCCGAGCUCGUCGACGCGGCAGAUGCGGAUCACGAUCUCUGUUCGUCGCUUCAGUGUGACCGCGAGGCCCAACGCAUCUUGGACAGCGUCAACGCAUCGCUGAACCCGUGCGACGACUUUUACGCCUACGUCUGCUCGGCCUGGAUGCGGAAGCACGAACCCGGCAGCGGCCAGGACAGGACGUCAGUGGACUACGACAUCUUGGACGCCUACUCGCGUUUUCUGAUCAGCGUCCUUGGCUGGAAGAACAACGAACUGCCGGCUGCCAAGGUACUGUACGACACUUGCAUCGCGCCGCCGGUGGGUCUCUUCGGCGAGCUCAUCACCAUGCUGUUCUACACGGUUGGAUUGCAGCAUUGGCCUUACUCGACCUCGGACCGCGUGCUAUCAAACGACGUCUCCACCAGCGUCGGCAGCCUGCACCGGGUGCUCGGAGAGGACAGUCUCUUCCACAUGGCCAUCGUCGAGCGGCCAGACUUGCCGACGCCUCCGGCCAUUUCCAUCGCCGAGCCCAGACUGCUCGUCGGUCACGCCGAGGGUGGUCUGCCACUCGCCGAGUUCAUGUUCCUGUCGAAGGCGCAAAGCGUGCUAAUGGACCAUCUCCACAAGCCCUUGACCACCAAUGUGGCCACUGUCGAGAUGGAGCUGGCGAGACGCGCCGCGGCCAAGCGAGCCACCGACUGCACCCAUCCGCUGAGCGAGUGCACGACGACGCACAUCGACAACCUGCCAGCAUCCCGCGUGCUGCAUUGGUCCCUGCUCCUCCAAGAGGCCUUCGGCGAAAAGAUGGUCGCACUCAACGAACUGGUCGAGACGCCCAACUUUGAGUACCUGGCCAGCUAUAGCGACAAGGUCGACCAGUCGCUGAAGAAGGCCGACAUACUCAACUACCUGGCAUUCCGUAUCGGCAUGGCGCUGUCACCGCUCAUCGACAACGAUGCAGUGCGACACCACCUGGCCUCCAUUGCGUAUGGUCGAAAUCCUCGUUUCCCGGAGCCCAUGUCAGUGGCUCAAUACUGCCUACGUCUCCUGGACCGCUUCGAGCCGGAGCUCGUGACGCUUCUCGCGUACGACCGUUCCGUGGUGAAGCUGAGCUGGAAGGUGCUACAGCUUAUCGUUCUGGACCAUCUCAACUCCACGCUGUUCACGUUCCUGGGUGGAGACUUCAGCCGUCGGUUCUCGCCGGAGUUUGCGGAUCACGUCGCGCGCCGGCUAGCCGCUGUCAAGUGGGAACCGUUGAUGCCCCUGCGUUUUUUCAACAAGACCUUCAGGGACAAGUACUUCGACGGCUUCACGAGAGAGAACUCAAGCAAGUCUCUGUCUUCUUUCGUCCUCUUCUGGCUCCAAAGAGCCGUCAAGCGCCGGCGUGGUCCCAUCGAGACGGGCGACAGUGAAGACCUCAGGAGCGGUUGGGAGCACGGCUUUCUUUACACGUGGCCCGCCCUCGGCCGGUCCUUCAGACACCUCGAGAUACCGCUGCCGGUCUUCGACCCCGCCAUGUCGAGCGACCCGAAGUUGCACGCUUUUCACGUGGCGAGGGCCGGCGCCCGCAUCUAUCGGGUCCUCUUGGGGUACGCGUACUCGAUGGCGUACGCUUUCUUCUACAACACCAGCACGUCCGACCCGGCGUCAGUGUUCGAAGACCUUCGCAGCUGCCUGCGUCAGAGCUACGCCGAACUCACAGCGUCUGCCGCCGGCUACAGCGCGACACCGUCGCCGGAGCACUCCGAGCAGACUUCGGUGUCGGACAUGCUGGAUUUUCUGGCGACCAAAAUGGCCUUCGCGGCUUUCGACAGUUGGAUGCGAAAUGAAGGCCUCAACUUCUACUUCGCCAAAGCUCCGCAAUUUGAUCAGAGGCAGUUGUUCUUCAUAUAUUACGCGCUCGGCUUUUGCGAGAACGUGAAACCGGCAGCGACGCCAGCAGGAGGCGACACGUCUAGCCCUGGCCGGGACCGCGUAAACGGUCCUUUGCGCCACGUGAAGGAAUUCGCAAACGCAUUUCACUGCGUCGAGGGCUCAUUCAUGAAUCCGCCGAAGAAGUGCGGCGUAUAG